AUGUUGUUCGAAAGUAAAUCACUCACAUCUACUGUUCUUCUUUCUGUUUCACUCGAUCUCUCUAAUGCUCCUCUUCAGCAUCACAUUUUCGUCUUCAUUUGGAUCAUGCAAUCGAUCAUGUAUCCCAUCUCUCUAUUCACUCCUCUGUUCUUUGGGAUUAAUCUAGGUCGUUCUUUACAAGACAUACACAAAAAUGCAUCUGGAGAAAUUAUUGGAGAGGGGAAUGAAACUAGGAAGUUAUUGGGGAAAUGUGUGGAGGAGUUGAAGAAGAAAGGUUUUGAGUUUUAUUUGUUGAAGGAAGUAAAUACACUUCGAAGGGCUAAAAGUUUAGGGUUGAAGGCAAAGCUGUGA